CUCGCUGCAGUUUACCUUACGUAGAGCAGAGGACGUAAAAAAAUUUGAAAUCGCUCCUUUGAAAUCUCUCCAGAGCGUGACGCCCUCAUUUUCAACAUCGAUUUCUUGCCAUGCGUCCUGCCAUCAGAGAGUGUAAAACAAACAAACAUUGUCAUUCAGACACCUAAUCAAGGGUGUGCUUUAGGACCGUUCAUACUUGGGUGGUCAGGAAUGUGACUAACCUGCUGUACAGUCUUUAUUUUGAAGACACUUCAUGUGCAGGCACUGUGACUUUAACCAGCAAAACAUGCUCAUAAACACAUUAAGGUGUGAGUGUGUGUGUGAGUGUGUGUGUGUGUGUGUGUGUGUGUGUGUGUGUGUGUGUGUAAGCAAGUGUGCAUAUUUUUAUGAUAAGCCUUACUGAGCAGUCUCGGGCCAGAUUAGAGCACCUGACUGGACUGCGUCCCUUCAGGUACGAGGUGCCAAAGCUGAUAUAAAUCAACACCUUCUGAUCAUUAAGAAUUCAACAGUACUGUGAUAUCUAUGGACACCUCAUUACCACUGAUCUUUCGCAUUUUCCAAAUCCUCAUCCCGACAUUCGCUGUGAUUGUGUUAUGCACGGGUUUGUGUAAAUGUUUCAUAAAGAGGAAGCGGGAACGGAGAGAGUUGGCCGAGGCGUCGGCACGUGCUGUGGAACCUCCUCAGUCCGUCUAUGUCAUCCCCCAUCCACAGACUGAUCAACAACAACUCGGACAUCUACACUACCGCCUGCCGGAGCACUACACCCCUCCUCCAUUGUACAACGAGAUAAUGAAGCCUGAAAUCCCGAAUGAGCCUCCGCCCUCGUACACAGAGUCCAUCGGCACUCCGUUUGUCUCUUCCGAACCAGGCCGGAUCACUUCAUCCUGUCCUCCUCUCCCACAGUAAGACAUCGAAGAGUCCGAAGAACUGUAGAGAAAAUAGAACUGUGGAAUAAGAAGCUGAAAAUGUCCCCUUUGUCCUUCCUUCAUUCCUUCCAACACAUCGAUGAACAAACCAUGGAGAUUGAAAGCCAGAGCUGCUAUUUUUUUGUCGAUCGUUGAAUCGUGUACAUAUUUGUAUUAUUGUGUAUAAUUUUGUGGGUUUUUAUCUUUUUAAGUUAUUCAAUAACUAUAGCACAUCAUUUUAUAAAGAGCAUGGAAUGCUAUAAAUUAGGAAUUAAAGGAAAGGUCUUAGAGGUUAAUAUAUAGCUAUAUAAUAGUCUAUAUUAUAACAUUAAUAGUAAAGAAAUCAUUUUUAAAAAUAAAUCAACAAAUAUUUUAUAAUUCCGCCUUUAAUACAAUUAUAAAAUCUCCUUUUUUUUAACUUGAGAAAGCAGCUGGAAUGUGUAUUAACAUUAAAGUUAUAAUAUCAUCUGGAACACGUCCAGCGUCCUGCUAUAAACCCACCUUCAGACUGUAAGAGCUGGGAGGCGUGGUCUAGAGGGCGGGUUCUAAGGGGCAGAGCAAAAAGGGUUGAUUCUGGUUGUUCAAAAUGGCAGGCAUCAUGAUAUUUGUUGACCGAUGACUCCUGCACCAAAUGAACGGUUCAGAAAAUGAUUUUGAUGGAGAUGUUUAGGAGCUAAAGUUCAGAGCCUCUGAGGUGACAUGGUGGUAAUUUUUUAUGAUCACAUUGUUUGAAUUUUUAGGACACAGGUUCUAGGUUAAAUAUUAAGUAUUAUUCCACUGAAGUAUCACCACGAGAUAUAGCAACGUAAAGAACUUGAGAAACGAAACUCCUCGAGCUGUUAUCUGAUGUUUGCACUACAAUAUCUCAUUGUGUAAUUUGAGUUAUCAUAGGUCCUCAGUAGAUUAUCUUGUGUCCUCACAAACCUAACUAGCGGCGUUGACACACUCUCAUGGCUUCAAUUUAUUAUCUCAUUAUUUUAAGAAGUUAUCUUGUGGUCUUACUACAUUAUCUAAUGGUGCAGAUUAUUUCAUGGUUUCAAUAUGUUGUCUCAUUAAUUAUCUCAAAUUCUCAAUAGAUUAUCUCGUGUCGUCACUAAAUUAUCAAGUGGUAUCAACGCACUUUCUAGUGGCUUCAAUUUAUUAUCUCGUACCUUCCAGAGUUUGUAGUUUCCUUACUACAUUUUCUCGAGAUGUAAAUUAUCUCAUGGCUUCAAUAAGUUGUCUUGUGACCUUAUUAAUUAUCUCAGGUCCUCGAUAGAGUAUAUAUAUCUCAUGGCUUGAAUGUGUUGUCUCAUGACCUAAAUAAGUUAUCUCAUGUUCUUAUAAGAUUAUCUCGUGUCCUCACUAAAUGAUCUGAUUGUGUCGACACACAUUCUUAUGGCUUUAUUUUAUCUCAUGGCUUCCAGAGAUUAUCUUGUGCUUGUACUACACUAUUUUGUAGUGUCAAUUAUCUCAUAUCUUUAAAAUGCUGUCUAGAGACUUUUAUUAAUGAUCUCAAAUCCUCAAUAAAUUAAAAAUGUCCUCACUACAUUAUCUGGUGGCUUCAACACACUUUUUCAUGGCUUCCAGAAGUUAUAUCGUACUCUUACUCCAUUAUCUUGUCGUGUCAAAGAUCUCAUAGCUUCUGUAUGUUGUCUCUCAACCUCAAUAAGCAUUCUCAGGUCCUCAAUAUAUUAUCUCAUGAACACAUUACAUUACCUGGUAGCAUUGAUGCACUUUCCCAUGACCUCGAAUUUAUUAUUUUAUGGCUUCUUGUGCCCUUACUACUUUAUCUCAUGGUGUAUAUUAUCUCAUGGGUUCAAAAUGUUGCCUUGUGACCUCAAUAUGUAUUCUUUUGUAUUUUCAUUAUAUUAUCUCAUAAAUUCUCAGCAUUAUCUGGUGGUGUCGAUGCACUUUCUCAUGGACUUAUUAUCUCAUAUUGUGUGCUGAUGAAAUGAUCUCCCAGGCUCAACAGGUUAUUUGUAAUAUGUCAUAUAAUUAAUAUAUUGCAUUGUUCUUUUCUCUUGUGGUCUCAAUUGAAUAUCUCAAAGCUCACAUAUGUUUAAAAAAAAAUUGUGGUCUCAAUAUAUAUAUAAAACCCCCUAAAUAUCUUCUCUAAAGGUCUGAAUAGGUUCUGAAGACCUUGUGGCCUCAACACAUUAUCUUCGAUCACAUAAUAUCAUUUAGUGACUUUAACAUGUCAAUAUCUUCAUUUACGGUCACAGAAGAACCACCAGGUCACUUCAUUUCACUGGCUCAGGACUAACGAGGAAAUUGUGUGGAUGUGAUUUUUUUUUUGUGCCACUCCUUUGUGAUUACUUUUAUAUACUAUGACAAUAAGUACGAGCAUGUGAAUUGCUUAACAAAUAAAGAAUGAAUUGGA